AUGGCCAUAAGCAACCAAAACGAGCGUGAAGAUGUGCAACUUCUGACAAAGAAAUUCGCCAACAUCACCCUCCCUGCGUUCACUCUCAAAAUGCUUGCGCAGAAGGAGGCUGAGAAGAUGGCCAAGAAUCCUGUCGCCACCCACGUGCAAACGCGGAAAGAGGUCGAGAUGAAGAAGGAACCCAAACAGAAACAACCCAAGCCAAAGCCUGCUCCCAAGCGCAAGGUCCAAGACCGUCGCCAGCUAUUACAGAAGACAGAAAGCGUCACCAUAGCUUGGGGCCCCACCGACAUGCCCAACAUUCUUCUCGACGACGUCAACCUCGCUGUCCUCGACCACUUCGCUCCGAUUCUGAAGGAGAGAUACUACCGAGAGGACCAUGCAGCUGCCACUGCCGACGGCGCCAGAUACAUCAUGCUCCCAGACAGCAUGACCCGCGUGAACGUCACAGGCGUCAAAUAUGUCGUCCACAACAUGGUCAAAGCCAUUGAGAAGGGCAACUACCGCGCCUGUUGGUGGACUGGCGACGAGAAGGACACGCGCCGUCUCGUCAUCCGCCCGCGCCGUAGUGCCGUCGAGAUGAUCCACGCGCUGUACACGCUGCGGGCUUUUGGCAUGGUCCGUGACGCUGAGUUUCUUGCGACCCCCGAGACGGGGCCGAUCGCGGCUGGACUCAAGGGCGUGGCUCGGCAGUGGAAGGGCCCUGCGGCUGGCCUACGGGGCUUCCUGGGGUACCUGAAGAGGAAGAUUCUGGAUGUGGAAGACCACUGUCUUGUAGAUGGUGCCUGGGAGGCGUACAAGGAGCUUGCGAAGGUGCAGAGGAAGGCUGGUAAGGGCACCAAGGUCCAGAGUCCUCCAGGUCUUGCUUAG